GUUCGUAGGGUCACUUUUCUUUUUCAUAUGUACAUGCUAGAGCAGUAUAAGUCCGUUUUCUGAUGACUAUUAGUCUACACGUGUUGGCAUGGACAACCGUUGUUAUUGUUGUGCAUCAAAGUUCAGUCUCUUCAAGAAGGAGCUUGGCUGUAAGAGCUGCGGCCGCUCCUUCUGCUCCAGCUGUUUGACUUUCAGUGCUGUGGUGCCUCGCUGUGGCAACACCCAGCAGAAAGUCUGCAAACAGUGCCACGGUAAUCUGACAAGUGGGGAAUCUCCAAACAGUGCUGAGAAAUGGUCUCCUCCCGAAAAUUACAAAAAACGUGUCGCUGCACUUGAGGCCAAACAGCAGGGACUGUUACAGCCUCUUGCACAUGGGGCCAAUAGAAACAUUAGAGCAGGCCAUCUACCUACCAAAGGCCUGAGUAAAGAAGAUCAGGCUAUUGCUGAAAGACUUCAAAAGCUGAAGGAGGACACUGCCCCAAAGUCUAUACCCUCUGAGAAAGAGCUUGAGUCUCGCCUUGCUGCUCUGAAAGCUCCCAGCCGACCAGUGCCUUCUGCAGAGGAGAUGGAGGACCGUCUGGCAGUUCUACGGGGUCAACCUCCACCAUCUCAAGCUCCUCCACCUGUGCACCAGCCUCCGGAUAACAGGACUCAGACUGAACAAGCAAAUGAUUUGAUUACUCAGAUGACAGAGGAAGUUUCCAUAGAUAACCAACAAUCAAAUCCUGAAUCCAGCGUAGAUGGCUGUAUGAAUGAUCUCAACAAAGGGGAGGAGGGCACAUUGGAUGAGAAUUUGGAGGAGAACCAGGAGGCGGUCAAGCAGCUGGAGGCUGGGAAGGCCCAUCUGUUGGAGGAGGCCAUGGAGGAGCUGAGGAAGGAGCACCACUCCCAGGAUCAGAUCCUCCACAUGGCCAAGAGGCUGGCGCAGCUGAAGGGGCAGGACCCAGACAAAGUUACUAUGGAGGACUUUCAGCAUCCUGACAGUGAGGAGGAGACUGAGGAAGAAGCUGUGAUGCGAGUGUUAAAGCAGCUCUCUGAAGAGGCUGCAUUGGAUGAAGCCAGUGGCUACAACAUACCUUUGGAACAAAGUGGGCCAAAGAACACAGAAGAGAAAAAAACUUAUAAGAAGGCACCGACCCAGGCUCCAGCACCCAAGAGUAGGAUUUCACCGGCUGCAUAUCAGCCAUCAGACAGUGAUGAGGAAGAGCUUCCAUGGUGCUGCAUCUGUAACCAAGACGCCACCCUUCGCUGUCACACCUGUGAUGGAGACCUAUACUGCAACCGCUGCUUCAGGGAAGGCCAUGAUAAAUAUGACAGGAUGGAGCAUCGCUCCACUAACUACACUGCGCCAAAGAAGAAGAGGAAGACAUGAUAGUGAGACUGUGCUGUAGGUGUUUGCUUUAUCAGGCUGUAGUCAGUCAUCACUGUUAUACCUGUGCUUUCGACUUAAGUGACCUAUUAUUGUUAAUAAAACAGUGUCUCAGAAAAUUUAAACACUACCUAUUAUGUAAAGCAAGCCGUAACCCUUCAUUUUAACCCCAUCCUCUUUUAUCCAAACUGUCCAAAUUUGCUACAAACAUGCAGCAUCUGCUUUCUGUAAUGGCUAACAGAUUAACUGAACAACUAAAAAAUGAUAGGUAACUUUUAUGGCGAAGCAGAGACUAGAAAUAGACGAAUGUUAAUGUAAAUGUGAUACACUUUGUAUAAUAUGAAAAACAUAGCUCCUAUUUUUUCUGUAAUGUAUAAAAAUAGAGUUACAUAAUUCUUGCAGAGGCUGCUAGACAUUGUUGGUAUUUUAGCAAAAUGCACAGCUUCUGCACACAGAAAAGUUUUAAAACUGGCCAACCAGAUAAGAAGCUUGAAGAAGGUUUUAUUUAAAUUUUUUUUAUGUCACUUGUCCUACUUCCCAAAGGCAACAGAGGCUCAUCGUAGACACACUUUGCACUUGUCACCAUUUGAUUAUAACACAUACAGAAAGCAGACACAUCAUGAGCUCAUCUUGCGUGAUAAGAUGCAAGAUACAAUCCCAGACUGCUAUCAGCUCUGGACUGAAGAAGUACAGAGGAGUCAGUAUAAAAGGAUUACUGAGGGCUUUGUUUUCUUUUGGCAGGCACUGCAGUCACACUUGUAAUCUAUGUUUGGCUGUGAGUCUGACAUGAGUAUUGCCUUUCUUGUCCUUGUGUGUACUUUCAUUAUAAAGGACGCAAAAGUGUUAGGAGCUAUCCUCUUUGAGGUAACGCUGCAUUCCCUUUUAGUUAUAUUUUCAUUGCUGAAGUUUUUUUUAUUUUAUUGCUGAUAAUAUCACUCUACGAAAAUGUCCCAGGCUGGCAGGCAGUGUUGGAGUAUGGAUGGCCUGUGUGUCAGAGAAGAGUGGAAGUGAGGGCGAAAUUACUAUGAUGGAGCCCUCAGCUGAAAGACCCUCUAUGUAUGACAGUGAGAUGGCCAGGGUGCAGCUUCAUCAGUGUGCAUUACUGUGAAGCUAACUGAGGAGAAACCAUAAUUACACUUUCCUCUAGGGGCUUGCUCCAUUAAAGUUUGUAUGGAGGCCGUUACCGUGUUUGCCUUUUCUUCCCAUGUCAGACUCGCACCGCAGGCAGGAAAUGGAUGAGGAUAAUGGGUGCAUACUUAAUGGACCUUCCUGCUGCUGAUUUCACUGUGUUUACUCCUAGACCUGGCAUGUCAACGUCUUUAUUGUCUCCAUCACUCUGUUGAAACAUUUACGCCAGACAACAGAAGCUUGCAUUCUGGGAAUGAUAUGCUAACAGCUAUGCCACACUGCAGUAAAGUCUUGUAGUUGUUCUUGAACAAUGGACAAAAUCAUUCUUUAAAGGCAAAUCAAUGUUUUAGAGCUGCAGUAAAAGGAAAUUGCGGUAACUGUAGUUUAAUUGGUACUGUAAAUUGGAAUGUUAGUAUUUAUUUGUGUGGAAUAAAUAAUACCUGAUGAUACCAUA